CCCUCGCGAGGGUGGACGGACGCGACAAAAAUAUCUGCGGGGGCGGCAGUCCGUUACGUUAAAGCACCGGAGGAGCACCAGCGCUCACAAAUAAAGGCAGCAGAACUCUGGUAACUUUCCGACUCCUCGCGAGAAGCUUAUAAAAUAUUCCGUGCACGCUCGGCACGACCUGGUCUCCAGACAUUUCAAGACACGAAGCAGCCAAACUUUUUCACCGAAGGCAUUGGUUGCAAUGGCUGUGCGCCGCUUUGUGAGUGUGUGUGUGUCGGUGGCUCUGCUGCUGCUGGCGGGGGUGUGUGUGUGUGAGCCUCAGCCCCCUCCUCAGGACCCCCCUGCAGGUGCGGGUGCGGGUGCGUGGACCCCAUCAUACGGCGAGCGCGGUUCUGACGUGGGGCUGGCGGUGCUGCGGCAGCUGCUCUCUGCUGCCCCCCAGGGGAACUCGCUGGUAUCGCCACACGGCACCGCCUCCGUACUGGGCAUGCUCCUGAGCGGCGCCCACGGCAACACACGAAGCCAGCUGAUCAACGCACUCAAGUACAAGAAGAAUGGUCCUUAUAAGAUGCUCCGUAAGCUCCACAAGGUGUUGACGGCGCGUGCUAACGGGGACAUGGUGCUAAUUGCUAACGGCCUCUUCUCCCAGAGUGGCUUCAGCAUGAAGCCAGAAUUCCUGUCGGCCAACAGGGAGAACUUCCUGUGCGAGAGCCACGCCCUCGACUUCAGCCAAUCACAAGAGGCCGUCAGCGCCAUCAACGCCUGGGUCAACAACCGCACCAGAGGCCACAUCCCCUCCCUGGUGAGUGCCGAGAUGCUGGACGCUGCUCUAACGCGAUUGGUUGUCGUCAACACCAUCUUCUUCAAGGGCCAAUGGAAAUCUCGCUUCCCGCUGCAGAACACCAGACCCCGCCCCUUCACCCGUGCCGACGGCACCACCACCAAAGUCCCCAUGAUGUCACAACUGGCCAUCUUUAAUAUAGGUCUGAUGUCGACUCCUGAGGGUGUGAAGUAUAAGGUGAUUGAGCUGCCGUAUCACGGCGACAGUCUGAGCAUGCUCAUUGCGCUCCCCGCCGAAGAUGAGACGCCCCUGGCGGCCAUCUUGCCACACAUCUCCACGGAAGCCAUUCAGAGCUGGACCAAUCAGAUGGCUCAGAGGAAGAUGCGCCUCCUUCUGCCCAAGUUCACAGUGGAGGCUGAAGUGGAUCUGGAGGCUCCUCUGAGGGCGCUGGGCAUCACAGACAUGUUCAACCAGGCAGCAGCUGACUUCCGCCACCUCAGUGAGGAGCCGGUGUUUGUGUCCAAGGCGCUACAGAAGGCCAAAAUAGAAGUCAACGAGGAGGGAACCAAAGCAGCAGCAGCCACCACUGCAAUCUUAUUGGCUCGGUCGUCUCCUCCGUGGGUCAGUGUGGACCGCCCCUUCCUCUUCCUGUUACGCCACAACCCCACAGGGACAAUUCUCUUCGCUGGACAUAUCAAUGAGCCUUGAGGCAGAUGCCCAUGUCCUGAGGAAGUCCACACACACACACAUACACACACUUUCUCAAACUCACACAGCCUCAAAACACACUUUCUGAAACGCUCGGCCACAGUCACACAUGCACACACACACACUGGAGAGAUUUUCCGUCCGGUUCUGAUGACUGAUAAGGAGAAUGGACUGCUAUUUUUGUGCUCUGUGUUUGUGUUUGUAUGUGUGUGUGUUUUUUAACUGAUUUUUACCUGCCAGCUACAGUGUCUUCUGCUACCGUAUCUUACUGCUUCAUAUGUUUGCACUUACACACAUGUAGCCUACAGUACACAACACACACACACACACACACACACACACACACACACACACACCACAUAUAAAUCAUGUUGCACAAUGCCCUUUGUAAUUAACUUGUGUCAUAAUACAUGGUGCUUACUGUGUCACAUGGCCUUGUCAUUCCGUCCACCUGUAACAUGUAACAGUUUAGACCGCCAUGUAAAAUCCAUAAUCAAAAGGGGGGAUUUCAAGACGCUAGCUUAGUCGUAAACCAGGUUAAGUUAACCUUUAGGUGGUAGUAGUAAAUCAUGUAAUAGAAGAGCCAAGAGGCCUUAUUUUCCUAAUGAAACAUCAUACCUCUGUGGGCCAUCUAUUAGCCGGUUCAUAACUACCUGGUUAACUUAGCUUGGUUUAUCGGUUAAUCAAGGGUGUUUUCCAAGAACAUGGUUAAGUGAUAAACCUGGCUAAAUUAAUUUGCAUCAAGAGGUGAAUCUGAUAAUAGACAGUCCACAGGUGUCAUUUAGUUAAGAAAAUUAGGACUCCAUGCUCUUGUAUUAGAUGGUUUACCACUACCUCAAGCUUAACUCAACCUGGAUUAAGCUACUACUUAGCCAGGUUCUUGGAAUACUCCCUUGGCUAUGUUUGGUCCGAUUUGUAAACCAUGUAACAGAUUUUAUUCAGACAUUCGUUUGACAUGUAGCGGCUCAGUUUUUGGGCUGCUUUGUGGACAUAAACCUUUAUCCCCUUCAUUGUGUCCCACAAGGGGAGACUAGCUGUUCUUAAAAAAAAAAAACUAACCCACAUGUUUUAUUUGUUUUAUGUUUUUAAUGCCUUACAUUUUUAUUUUAUAUUCACUUUUGUCUGUGUGAUAAUCAUUUUUAUACUCUUUAAGGAAAGGGGUCUUUUUUAAUAUAAACUUGUUGAGCCUAGAUUUGCCUAACAUGUUGACAGACCUUCACACUUGCAGUAUUGUAUCCUGUGUGAUAUUUAAUAAAGUAGGCUUUUUUCAUUUUGGAAUAA